GCUUUCGUCACUUUGAAAUUUCACCUGCCCUCAUUACGGGCGCAUACGAAAAGGGUCUCCAAGCUGAAAAUUCUCAACGCUGCUAUCUCCUACAUUGAUUCGCUGGUGGCUAUACUUAAGUUUCGAAUUUCUAAUAUUCCUACGGACCGGUCACUUAUUCAACAUCAGACGUUUCCAUAUGUUCAGUCUCUGCUUGACUGCCCACCGUAUUUAUGCAAUCAAACUCCGCACACACAGAACUUCAUGAUGAACACGCCAUUCAUUCUACCUUCAGCCUACCAUCAAUGA